CCCCAAUUCUCCUCCCAAAUCCCUAACUUCCUCCCCUGCAAACGCUCCCAACUCUCUCUCAUACUGUAUUUUCUCGAGAAUCAUCGGAUCAUUUCUAUAUUUUCUAUCCUGAGAAAAUUUCCAAAUUUGUUUCGAUACUGACCAGGAAUUUCGCUAACGAUCUUUUCUGAUUUCGUCUGCGAGAAUUCAAAAGAGGAAAGUUCAGUUUUCGCUACCUCUCCGUUUCCUUCUUCUUGUAGCUGAUCGAACCAUGGGUACUUCUCAGAGUCGGGAAGAUCGGAUCACCGAAUCGGACACGGAUUCCGAUUCCGAGUACUAUGAAGAAGAUGAGGAUCAGUACGACGACGCAGAUGUCUCGAAAAAGCAAGGAUCGUCGUCUGCUUCUGGUUCAUACCUCUCAGGACCAUCUGAUUCUUCUUCUUCUUCGGGGCCAUCUGAUUCCUCUUCUCUCGAUAUCGAGGAGAAGCUGAGAGCCAUGAAGUUGAAGUAUCCCUCACCAGUAGCGCCCAAGGUGAAAAACGCGGUGAAGCUUUACCGCCAUAUCGGUGGAAACACGCCUAAAGCUAAAUGGGUCAUCACAGAUAAACUGACGUCAUACAAGUUUGCCAAAACGUCGACGGUGGACGGAGAGGAUAUUGAUGAUUAUAAUGAUGGUGAAGAAUCAGGUGAAAGAGGUGAGUCCUUCUGGUUUCUCGGCGUUGGUUCUAAGGUUAAAGCUAGGGUUUCGACGGAUAUGCAGCUGAAAAUGUUUGGAGACCAGCGUAGGGUUGAUUUUGUGAGUAAUGGUGUUUGGGCUUUGAAGUUUUUGACGGAUGAGGAUUAUAGGAAGUUUGUCACUAGGUUCCAGGACUAUCUGUUUGAGAAUGUGUAUAAGGUCAAGGCAUCAGAGGAGAACAGGAUCAAAGUUUAUGGUAAAGAUUUCCUCGGGUGGGCUAAUCCAGAGGCUGCUGAUGAUUCUAUGUGGGAAGAUGCUGAAAGUCCACCGGAUGAAGAGGAAACUCGGGCCAAGAAAAACACGGAUUUGACGGAAGAAUUUGAAGAGGUGGCGAAUGGUGGUGUGCACAGUUUGGCUUUAGGAGCAAUGGAUAAUUCAUUCUUGGUGAAUGAUUUAGGGGUCCAGGUCUAUAGGAAUUUGGAGCGUGGGAUUCAUGCGAAAGGUGUGUGCGUGAGAUUUGAUGCUGGAAACUCGAAAUAUGGACCAGGUUCGAGCCAAACAACACCAAACAAGGCUCUUUUGAUGAGGGCAGAGACUAAUAUGAUGCUGAUGAGUCCAGCUAAACAAGGGAAACCACACUCGAGUGGUGUUAAGCAGCUCGACAUAGAGUCUGGGAAGAUUGUUACGGAAUGGAAGUUCGAGAAAGACGGGACUGAAAUCUCAAUGAGAGAUAUAACAAAUGAUACAAAAGGGUCGCAGCUAGAUCCAUCAGAGUCUACGUUUUUGGGAUUAGAUGACAACAGGCUUUGUCAAUGGGACAUGAGGGACAGGAGAGGUAUUGUGCAGAACAUCGAAUCACCCAUCUUGGAAUGGACUCAAGGGCAUCAGUUUUCUAGAGGAACAAAUUUCCAGUGCUUUGCAACUACAGGAGAUGGGUCAAUCGUUGUGGGAUCGCUUGAUGGAAAGAUAAGGUUGUACUCAAAGACCUCAAUGAGACAGGCAAAGACGGCUUUUCCAGGGCUUGGUUCGCCGAUUACACAUGUGGACGUUUCUUAUGACGGGAAAUGGAUAUUGGGCACAACAGAUACAUACUUGGUUCUUAUAUGCACCCUUUUCACAGACAAAGAUGGUCGGACAAAAACAGGUUUUAGCGGAAGGAUGGGAAACAAAAUACCAGCGCCGAGGCUGCUGAAGCUAACGCCACUAGACUCACACUUGGCAGGAAAUGAUAAUAAGUUUCACGGAGGUCACUUCUCAUGGGUAACGGAGAGCGGGAAGCAAGAGAGGCACAUCGUAGCAACUGUGGGGAAAUUCAGUGUAAUAUGGGACUUGGAGCGGGUGAAGAACAGUGCGCACGAGUGCUAUAGGAAUCAGCAAGGGCUCAAGAGCUGUUACUGCUACAAAAUCUUGUUGAAGGAUGAGUCAAUUGUGGAGAGCCGAUUCAUGCACGAUAACUUCUCCUUCUCCGGUAACAAAUCUCCAGAAGCUCCACUUGUGGUUGCCACUCCUCAGAAAGUCAGCUCCAUUAGCCUCUCUGGAAGACGACUGUGAUGAACACAUCUGUGUCUGAUACUUUCCAUGUUGGUUUUGGAAUUUGGUUUGUGUAGCUUCAAUAUUGAUUUCUUUUAGUCGUGUGAAGGUUUGUGUUGAAUUACAUUUGGCUUUGCUCAAAAUAUGACUCCUUGAAACAGCAUUGUGUAUGUAGUUUGAAUCAAAUUGGGUAUGACUUGAUUUCGUAA